AUGGCUAGAAGGCAAAGACCAACCCAGAGAAACGAACCCCAGAGAAAAUUGCCCCCGAGAAGAGUAAAGCGAGGAACUGAGAACGCUCCAAAUGAGUCAGACACUUAUAGGCGUGGAUCUGACCUUCCGGACCCGAAUGCAAUAGCAAGGGCGAUCAAUAAGGAGAAUAGAGAGAGGAAGAAAAGAGAAGCAGCAGAAGCUAAUGCUAAUACGGCUGCUCGACAACAGCAGCCACAAGCCUCUCUGACGUCCCAAACCAACACCCAUGAAGACCCGCCGUCGCCAAUACCCACAUCAAAUCCCCCUUCACGCCGCUCAACCAGACAGAGUCAGACCGAACGGCGGUCAAGCCAUCGAUCUCAGCGUUCAAACACAAGUCAAAGAAGUCGUGGACGGUCGGGAGGUCAACUUUUAGAACCUACACAGAAUGAUGGAACCAGGCCGGAGGUUACACACCAGCCGAUCGAGGGUCCUACAAGACCUUCCCCAAAGCCUCUGCCGAGGUCUUCGCCAAGGUUCGCUAUCCAAAGCUCCUCCCAAAGGUCUCCUCCAAGAAGCCCCCUACGACCUUCUCGCUCGCCGAUCCAAAGACGGAGCAAUGCAGGUCGCCCAUCAUCUCGCCGGCAGGACCCAACCCCACCCGUUAGCCAACCCACGCAGCAGGAUAUCGACCAGCCGCAGGCAGGCUUGCCUCAGAAUAGUCGCGCCGAUGGGUUGUUCACCCGGCAGCAAAUCGACGAGUUUGGGGCUAAUUGGGGCCCCAACCCAGAACCAGGACGCCCCAUUCCUCAGCCUCCUAAUAGAGACAACCCCGCACUCCCCGACGCAGCGGCUGAAAGACAGUGGAGGGCUGGCAUAAGGCCCGGACGACGCGCCAUAAAUGAUAUCUUCAACACGUAUAUCCCUUGGCCACGGGCACCGCUCCAAAUCCAGCGACCAGUACCACUCUUACAGCCCGGCGCAAAUGACAACCCGGACGAUGGAGAACUCCGCGAUUCGGCGACCCUAAGACGAGGCAGACCUGGCUCAGGGGCUCAGGCCGAGCGACUACCCUCACAGCACGAUCCAAACGACGAACUAGACGAAGGAAGACCGCAGCCGGGCGUGCAGUACUUCCGGGGCUAUAGAGAAGAAGGUAUCGACCCGCCGUCAGCGUAUAAUCGGGAUGAUGAGCUUGAUGAGGAUGAUGAUGUGCAAGCCCAAGCUCGGCACGGGAGCCGCGGUGGAGGAUUGCGGCGAGCCGGUUUGGCUGGGCAGGGUAGAGCAGAAAGAGAAUCUCCGGGCCGCGGUGAUGCUGGAGGGAAUGCAAGCCGUGGCCGCGGGUCUGCAGGGCGAUGUAGAGGUACUGAUCGACGUCCAAGUCACCCUCCACCUUCUUCCGGUGGCAAUUCUCGUACUCCUAGUCCUACCAGUGCUGAGAUCGAGACACGGGGAUACCGAUAUCGCCCUCACGGUAUGGGAAUACAACCAUUACUGGAAUAUCAAGAACAUCAGAGGGCGCUCGCCGCGCAAGGUUUCGCGCCGCAAGGUCGCCAAGCGUUAAGGGGAAUAUUUGCGGCAGGAGCACAGCGUCAGGACGAAGCAGACGAAGACGCCGAUAAUGGUCAGAGGCCACAAAAUCAAAAUCCGCGAAGAAACCAGCGCGCAAAGCCAUGGGAGGCACAUGGGAACGCGCAGGCAGACGAGGGAAUACAACAACAAUUAAGGAGAGAGCAAGGCGACAACGUGGAUCACGGCGCCAAUGACCAGGAGCAAGGUAUGCGAUUAGUGAUCAAACCUCGUCUGCGUCGCGUGAUUAGUGGCCUAGUUGCGGGAGCCGUGGAGAAUUUUAUAUUAGGGAUAGAGGGAUUGGAACGUUCAGAGGUUGUAGGACUUAUGGUCAACCGUUGGGUUGUCAACAGGGUCGAUGAACUGUGGCCAACCGCCGAGCGCAACAUCAAUACGACGUACCGUCAGGACCCGGAUAAUGCUGACGUAGGUAUGUGGUUCUGGAGAGAGGACAAAAGAGGGCCUGUGGACGAAAUCCAGUAUACAGGCAUUGAUGACGAUAGGCGUUGAGGAUGGGAGGCUAGGAGUAGC